AUGCGCAGCCGAUCGGCAAUGUGUACCGAAGGCCCACGCGGGGCGCAGUGGGCGUCGCGGCCUAAACGCACAGGUCCCGAGUUAUCAGGCAAGAGAGGCAGAGGCGAGUGGGCGAUCUACGCUACGUCACUAGCCAUGACUCAGACGGUGACGUCCGUUUUGAGUCACGGCCCAUCUCGCGCUAUCCCACCAAUGUCUCCUACUCGGGCGCUGUCGCGGGGAGAGACCAGCUGCCAGUUGGAAAUUCGCUCAGCCCCCGUCAACGCUACGGAAAUCGAGCCAGCAACGUUAUUUUUUAAAGGGAAU